AUGGCGACCUCCCAGCGUGUUGUGAUUAUUGGCGCCGGUGUCGUCGGCACCAACCUCGCUGAUGAGCUGGUCUCACGAGGAUGGAACAACAUCACGGUGAUUGAGCAGGGCCCAUUGAGCAUGCCUGGUGGUUCAACGUCACAUGCGCCUGGCCUGGUAUUCCAGACGAACCCUUCCAAAACGAUGACUUUACUCGCCAAAUACACCGUCGAGAAGUUCUCAGCGCUCGAGAAAGACGGACAGAACUGUUUCAACCAGUUGGGUGGCUUGGAGAUCGCGACAAUCCCAGAACGAUUGGAGGAACUCAAGCGCAAACACGGAUACGCACAAUCAUGGGGCAUCGAAGCGCACUUGAUCAGCCCCGAAGAAUGUCUCAAGAAGUACCCUCUCCUUAACAAGGAUAUGGUGCUAGGUGGUCUUCACAUUCCAAGCGAUGGCUUGGCACUAGCAGCUCGCGCGACACAGCUACUUAUCGAAAACACACGCAACGCGGGUGUCAAAUACCUCGAGCAUACCGUCGUUACCGGAAUCGAACAAGCGAACGGUCAGGUCACCGGUGUGACAACGAACAAUGGUUCUGUACCGGCGGAUAUAGUUGUUUCGUGUGCUGGUUUCUGGGGUGUGGAGAUAGGAGCCAUGAUUGGACUCAAGGUCCCUCUUCUUCCUCUAGGGCACCAGUAUGCGAAGACUACGGCUGUACCAGGCCUCCAGAACCGCGAAGUCAACAAGAAGAUCAACGCCAUGAACGCCGAGUUGCCCAUAUUGCGACACCAAGACCAAGAUCUAUACUACCGAGAGCAUGGGGAGCAGUAUGGAAUUGGUUACUAUGGUCACCGGCCGAUGCCUGUCAAGGCCUCAGAUCUGGGUGUAACACCGAAACACGUUGAUGAGAAGCAUAUGCCUUCUCGCCUAGAUUUCACACCAGAAGACUUUGAGCCGGCCUGGAAAGCUACCAAAGAACUGCUUCCCAUUCUCCGCGAGACUGAGAUCGCUGACGGCUUCAACGGCAUCUUCUCUUUCACACCAGAUGGUGGAUCCGUUGUCGGACAAGCACCCAACCUCGAUAACUUCUGGGUCGCCGAAGCUGUGUGGGUAACACAUUCGGCCGGUGUAGCUCGAGCUGUCGCAGAGACCCUUACGGAGGGUCGUUCGACUGUCGACAUUGCGGAGUGCGAGUUAACACGAUUCGAGGAAGUACAGCUCAGCCCAGAAUACGUCAGCGAGACAUCACAACAGAACUUCGUCGAGAUCUACGACAUCAUCCACCCCCUCGCACCGAAAGAGAACCCUCGAAACCUUCGCGUCAGCCCGUUCUAUACUCGUCAACAGGAGCAAGGCGCUUUCUUCCUAGAAGUAGGAGGCUGGGAGCGUCCACACUGGUAUGAAGCGAAUGCGGAUCUGGUCAGCACCUUGCCGGAUGAAUGGAAGCCGGUCGAUCGCGAUGCUUGGUCAUCCAAGUUCUACUCGCCAAUCGCUGCGGCCGAGGCUUGGAAGACACGAAACGCAGUAGCAUUGUACGAUAUGACUACUUUCCAUCGAUUCGAGGUCUCCGGUCCUGGUGCUGUCCACCUGCUUCAGAGAUUGACGACCAGUGAUGUUUCCAAGCAGCCUGGCGCUAUCACCCAUACUCUCCUUGUCAAUGGCCACGGCGGCGUACUAAGCGAUAUUUUUGUGUCCAGGAUCGAGGAAGACCUGUUCCAAGUAGGCGCCAACACUGCGACCGAUCUUGCCUACCUCGCACGCGAAGCACGUCGUCAACAAAAGCACACACCUAGUCAGUGGGCUCAGGUACGAGACGUCACUGGCAGUACAUGCUGUCUUGGUCUUUGGGGUCCUCGCGCUGGGGACGUUAUCCGCACAAUCAGCUCGGAUGAUUACAGCAACAAAGGCUUGCCGUAUAUGGGUGUUAAGAAGACGAGCAUAGCUGGAAUUCCCGUCACGAUGUUCCGAAAGUCCUUUGUCGGCGAAUUCGGUUGGGAGGUUCAAACCACACCUGAAUAUGGCCUGCGCCUCUGGGACUUAUUGUUCCAGUCGGGCAAGCCCCACGGUCUAGUUGCUGCAGGUCGCGCCGCCUUCAAUGGACUACGAAUCGAGAAGGGUAUCCGAGCCUCAGGUUCAGACAUGACUUCUGAGCACAACCCAUGGGAGGCUGGCGUGACGUACGCGAUCCAGAUGGGCAAGAAGGCGGAUUACGUUGGUAAAGCGGCACUAGAGCAGCUUUCUAGGAAGGCAGCAUCUAAGCGACUUAGAUGCCUGACUGUCGAUGACGGACGAUCCAUGGUUCUGGGUAAAGAGCCAGUCUUCGUGGAAGGCGAAAGAGCUGGUUAUGUUACCAGCGCCGCUUUUGGUUACACGGUACGCAAGCCUGUCGCAUAUGCAUGGCUUCCGAGCAAUGUAAGCGAAGGAAAGUCUGUGGAGAUUGAGUAUUUCGGCAAGAAGAUCAGGGCCACAGUAACUCGAGACCCAUUGCACGAUCCUCAAGAACAGCGUCUGAGGGGUGAAGGAUCGUCCGAAAAGCCGGAGUUGCAGAAGAGACUGAAGUCGUUGUUGUAG